UCCCGCCUCCCCGUGCGCGGCCUAUUCCUCCUCCCUCCCGCCCGGCCCUGCCUCACCGCCUGUCUCCCCAGCUAUCAGUCACCGCCGGGCCAAGACCAUGUCAACCGGGCACCAGCACAGCCAGAGCCGGGCUAUCCCCACCAGGACCAUCCCCAUCAGCGAUUCCUCUCAGCUACCUCAUGACUACUGCACCACUCCGGGCGGCACGCUCUUCUCCACCACCCCGGGAGGUACCCGGAUCAUUUAUGAUCGCAAGUUCCUGUUGGACCGCCGCAAUUCCCCCCUGGCUCAGACUCCUCCCCACCGCCUGCCUGAUAUCCCAGGGGUAACCAGCCCUAAUACGGCUGUAGUGGAGGCCAAAGUAGAAACAAACAACUUGAACAAUCAUGACAGGAAGACGAACCUGGGUGACGAUUCUCAGUUCGAGAUGGACAUCUAAUCUCCGAGAUACUCUACAAGAGCUCCCAAAACUUGCGUGUACCUGACUCAGCCAAUAGAAUUACUUUGUUGCAAAACCAUUCUAAGGCGCAGUCCUGCGUGUAGAAAUCUGCCCUUCCAGGUGCCAAAGGUCAACACACAAAAAAAAAGCUCCCUUUAUGUUGUAAUUUUUUUUUUCCCCCUCUCAAGUGGCUUAAUUCGCCCAGCAAUUGGCAGAAGGGUGAUGAGGCUUGUGAGUGUUUGCUGGCUUGGUGUUAACAAGCAGGAAGAGAUACAGUUUGCCAAUACUGUAGAUAACUUAUUAAAAUAGUUGGUGGAAGAAAUUCUGCACCUCCCUUUACUGCUGUUUUUGUUUUACCUUCCUAAGCCGCCUCUUAGGUUUUUGUGAUCCCACUAAAUGUUUGAAUCCUAGUUUGGUCACAUGGUCAGGAAGCUGUGUAGUGUUUUUGUUUGGACGGUCCAGUGACCAGAAUCUGACCGCUUCAUACGGCUGUGCAUUCAUUAUUUCUGAAUGUUUAAGGAAAUACGCACUCCAGUAGCGCUCCAAUUCCGACCCUUUUAUCACAUGAUGAGAGAAUCUCAGCAUCUGGCCACCUACAGACUGACACACCAGACCCCUUUUUUAUUAUACCAUACUGUGUUUUCAUUGUAACGUUAACCUGAACCCAUUUAUAUAUUAACCAAAAACACAUGCUAACAUGAAUCUUAGUUUUCUUGCAGUCCAACCUUUUAGCCUCCCUGAUUUCUCUCCAUCGCGUAGGAGCCGUACAAGUGGGGCACAUGUAGGCAUUUCAAUAGAAGUUGUGGUCAUACUUACUAAGCACUGCUACCGAGAACCAAUAGACGCCACACAAUGGUUUCAUUACAUGGCCACAUAUGCACCAGGAUCUAGGAAGCGUGUGGUAGUCACGUGCAGACUCUGAUACAUCUCUGCCCAGCAGUCUAUGUAUGAUUUAGUGAUGCUCUCACAAGGCGCUGUUACAUCACUCGGCACUUCAGAACUCGUAGUAACCAAUAAGAACUGCGUGUUUUUAUUUCCAGUAAGUUUAUAAAACAUUUGUCUUCCCCAUAAUGUUGACAAGUUAAUAACUAUAAAACUGAUACUUAUUGAGGAGCAUUAUCCAGCCUUUGUGUUUUACCAAGUGGAGCGUUUAAGUGCAUAUUAUGAUAUCUACAUGUUUAUAUCGAUGCAGAAACCAUGGGUUUUGUCAUAUUAAAAAGAACUAGAGUUUCAUACUAAAAUGACCAUGAUUUGAUCUGAAUUUCAGCAAGUAAAACAUAACCAACAUGUAAAUUCUACAUAGACUUGAUUAUGAUACAUUUGCAAAAAUGUCUAUUAACCGUUAUUAAUUAUUUCACUGUUUUUGUUUUGUGGUCCCAGAUAGAGGUCGCAAUGCACAAUAAAAUAUUUCAACCAAAUGGGACGGACUGGCAACUGAAAUGAUUUAUUAUGAGCCAGUCAUACAAUUUAAUGGUUACAUCAUGUGCUGCAUUGUGAGAUUUGCGUGUUAAUACAUUUCAGCUGUUUGCUUGAAUUAUAAAGUAAGGCGAUCAGAAAUUUUAGUUUGACAAUCUUAUUACAAAUGCUUUUCCUUAAAAAAAAUAAUAUAAAAAGAACAUAAUCUAGCAUAUAUUAGUUUCUGAAAUGUUCAUCAAAGAGUUUUUUUGUCUUUCUCCUCUUAAUUUCACGUAUUACUCACGUAUCCUACCCCUGGGAUUUGGCUUUCACGCCAGUUUUCCAAAUCCACAACAAGCCUUUUCUAUUUGUGAAGAAUGUAGGUAUGUAAGCUAGGUGCUUUGGGAGCUGUAACAUUUUUAUUCUUUAAUAUACUCUAUCUAAUGUAUCCAAUUUUAUUGUCUCUGAAAUGUGAAUGAAAAACUGCGUUGUCAGGUCCCCACCUGUUCCGCAAAGUCAGGGGUUUGUGUUUUUUUUUUUUUUUUUUUUUUUGAGUACAACACAAGCUUGUGAUUUAGGUUGUGUGUUAACGGGAAUGACGGGCACGUCGUCCAGAAGGGCAGUUGCUUUAUACUAUCCUUGAUCCAGAGCCUUGCACAUUGUAUAUGGGGGUAGAAGACCAGGCCAGGGUCAUUUCUCCAGGUGUUAUUCUACCCUGUAGUGUAAUAUUAUGCACAGUGGGAAAAACACUUCUACAAUAUUUGAUUGCUCACUACUUGAAUUAUACUGAUGUUAAAUAAAUUUCAGUUUAAAAACUU